GGGACUCACAUCUCACAUAGCGCUUUAACUGGCAAAGAAAUGGUUAGGUUCAAGAAUCGCUGGCUCCUCGUUGAAUUUAUCCCUUGCACGUCCUCCAGUCAGCUCGGAUUGAGCCAAGCAACCGCACGCCUUGCCGCGACCCAAACCACCGCUCGUAUUGAUGCAAAGCAGGUAUAUGCGGCCCUCAAGCAGAGCGUUAUAGCAAACUUUGGUGACACGGGAUGGGGCGCAGUGGGUUCUUCCUUGACAGUCAAAUACUAUUCUCCGACUACGAACACUUGCAUUAUCCGUGUUGCACGCGACCACCACCGUAUCGCAUGGGCUGCGGUGACUCUCCUUUCCAGUAUAGGAGGGGCUAAAAUCGUGCCAAAUGUAGUCAAGCUUAGCGGAACGGUCAAGCAAGCGCAGCUUGCUGCUAUCAUGCACAACCGAACGGUUGUCGCAAGAUAUAGAACGAUGGGCGGUUUACCUGCCCUCUAUCAGGACUCGUAUGAUUCUUUUCUGGAAAAAAGUCGGAUGGAGAUCGAAGCGAUGAGGGAUUAGCAGUUUAACCAUCGACCUGUGAUCAAGCAAGAUAGACUGGCGGGUCCGAUUAACCGCCUACGACAUACGAUCGUUUGGAAGGAAAUAAGGAUGGGUACAGGUACGGGAGCGUUGCAUGCGUUGCGGCUACCUGGCUACCUGGCUACCAGUAGCAGAGAACGAUUGAACAUGAAGGGUAUCCCUUACUCGUGCAAUACUCAACACACACUCGUGGUCGGGAGGGCUACUCUGGUCAACUGUCACCACAUUCGAAAGGAAGACAUCCAUGUGUCCAUUCCCCAUAUACAUCCUCGAAGUCGUGUCUUCCAUCAAAAGCGAUCCACUGGAUUCUGGUUUUGCUUCGCCUGUUGCAGAAAAUCAAAAAACAUUUUACCCCAAUAUGUAAAAAUAGAAACUAUCUAUCCUUCUAUGCUUUAAACAAACACGUCGUUCGAUGUUACUGGUAUCACAGCUAUACGAUGUACAGUAUUUUUUUUCUUUCUUCCCUAGAUCAUGACUCCACCCUUUGGAUUUUAUACACGAAGCAAGUUUAUAACUUCGCCUUCGAGUUUGACUCUGCCUUCAUCGACCCCUCUGCCCACCUCACCACCCCACACACUAGAACACCCACUUCCUCCUCCGUAUUACCAGCGUGCAGACACACCCUCACGCGCUCGGCGCCAAAUGGCACGGUGGGGUGUGUGAUGGGGCGAAGGUUGAGACCUUGAAUCUGGCUAGGGUGGGGCGGGGAACGAAGGAGAGGCUGCGUCGUGCUGGACGAUAGCUGGGGAACGGCAGUAGUGAUAGUUGACGUAGGCGUAAGUCCAUUUGAACAUGCAUGAGCGAUACAGCCUUC